GAAUGUGCAUGGAGGACCCUGGCACAAUGUGGAGCUGCUGAAGUUGCUGAAGGGAUCAAACAGUCACAUUUAAGAGGGUAUCUCGAUGUUUUAGAGCUCUGCGAUGAGUUUGAGUGGAGCAGCUCGGACUCACUGACUGAUGGAAACACACAAGAGGAAAAAGGGGAAAUCUCUUCGCUCAAGCAGAAGCGCCAUGCACUGGCAGGGCAACAUCUAACGCUCCUUUUCUUCUCCUCUAUCGUUUCUCGUAAGUUAUUGUUUGUCGCCGUUUGAUGGACUAUGUAGUAAGUGUUUGCGCCUCUCUGUAGUAUGACAUUGAGUCCGAUAUGUCUGAUGUGACGCCGAGUAAAAGCGUGGAAUGGCUGCAACUCGAGUUAGAGUCCGGAGGCACUUCUCUGCUCCUGCUGGACUGCCGUUCACAUGAGCUGUACGAGUCAUCCCACAUAGAGACCGCCAUAAACCUGGCCAUCCCGGGGCUGAUGCUCCGGAGGUUCAAGAAGGGCAACAUACCCAUCCGGACUAUCAUUCCCAACCACGAGGAUAAGGACAAGUUCGUGAGGCGGUGCAAGACGGACACGGUGGUCCUGUACGAUGAGUGCUCCGUGGACUGGCAGGACAGCGGGGCUCCAGCGUCGGUUCUGGGUCUACUUCUUCAGAAACUGUGGGAGGACGGCUGUAAAGCGUAUUACCUGGAAGGUGGAUUUGUAAAGUUCCACACAGAGUACCCAGAGCACUGUGAGACCCUCCUGGACAGCUCCUGUCCCAGCUCCUCUCCGCCAAUGUCUGUUCUGGGUUUUGGUAAUCUGCGGAUCAGCUCAGAUUGCUCGGACGGGGAGUCCGAUCGAGAGCCCAGCAGCGCCACAGAGUCCGAGGAGAGCCCCAUCCCCAGCAAUCAGCCUGCCUUCCCUGUCCAAAUCCUGCCCUACCUUUACCUGGGCUGCGCCAAAGACUCCACGAACUUAGAUGUGCUGGGUCAGUACAACAUCAAGUACAUCCUGAACGUCACACCCAAUCUCCCCAACAUGUUCGAGCACGACGGCCACUUCAGGUACAAACAGAUCCCCAUUUCGGACCACUGGAGUCAGAACCUGUCCCAGUUCUUUCCAGAGGCAAUAUCAUUUAUAGAUGAAGCUCGAUCAAAGCAGUGCGGCAUCCUGGUCCACUGCCUGGCCGGCAUCAGCCGUUCAGUCACAGUCACCGUGGCCUACCUGAUGCAGAGACUCAACCUCUCUCUGAAUGAUGCUUACGACUUUGUCAAGAGGAAAAAGUCCAACAUUUCGCCAAACUUCAACUUCAUGGGUCAGCUCUUGGACUUUGAGAGGACGCUGGGGCUGCACAGUCCCUGUGAUAACCGCUCUACCAGUGAGGAGCAGCUCUUCUUCACCACACCAACCAAUCACAAUGUCUUUCAGCUGGACACGCUGGAGUCGCCAUGAGAAUCAAUAGGACAGCUUUUUCGUUGUUUCUUGUGGUGUCUCUGAGCCUGUCAGAUACCUAACUAGCUGACACAAGCAGUAAGUCAGUUACAGUAUUCUGCACCAAAAAGGACUACAUUGAUCUGUUAAAGGAACAGCAGCCGUCUGCAGAAAACACGCUCUUUUAGAUCCACUCUCAAUGCCUUAAUCUCUAACACAAGGAUGAAUUUUGCUAUUUACCAUACAUGGCAUUAAUGAAUGGUCAUGUACGGCCAUAAUAGCAGGACAUUUCAUAACUUUCCUAAAAAAAAAAAAAAAGUCUAGGAUUGUUGUUUGACUGUUAUUCACCAGCCGUAAAACGGAUGUUUAUGUAUUUCUUUGUAUCGGUUACGAGUAUUGCCUUGGCGCGGUGUAAAACAAAUCUUUGGCCAAGUAGAAUGUUUUCUGGGGACCAAUCUGAGAUGUUUUGUUGGUGCUCCAGCUGAGGAAAAUAAGCUACUAAAGUGAUCGACCUAGAAUUAUCGUCCCGUUUCUUUCCUCUGAUGGUUGUCUGCAGUCACACAGAAAGCAUUUUUUCUUGUGCUUUCACUUACAAUACCUUCACUUAUAUCUGGUAAUCCUUAAUAGUUUAGUUACAACCUCAAGUGGCUAAUGCUGUGCGUAUAUUUUAACUGUGAUAUUUUCUGCGAAAUAUCAAAGUCUAAAUAUAUUAUUCCCCGGAAGCGCUCCUGUACAUUCUCUUGCUUAUAACUGCAUUAUUUGCAUGUGAUCCUGUUUUACCAAGGACUAUUGCCUGUUGUUGUUGUUGUUGUUGUUGUUGUUGAGGCCUUGAUCAUACCUUAACAUGAAAUUGAACUACAUGUCAGUUACCCUGUCGAGGUAUGAAGUAUAAGACCGGCUUUUGCCAUGAUUUAAAGGAACAAAUAAUCAGUGUGUAAACAAACGGAUGUCCACCUUAUUUUUUAUUCCAACAUUCUUCAGCCUGCAGCUACUUAUUCUGUGGCACAAUAAUGUUAAGGGAAACCUGAUGUGUAAUUAGCUGUUCUCUAUUGCCAGUCUCGUCUCAGAACAAAUGAAUGAGUUGGAUGUAUGAGAGGAAAUGAAAGGAAAUGACUUUGACUAAUGUGUUCUUACCUCACAGAGAGACACUUUCAGGGAUUUUUAUACAAGGCACUUGUAUUUUAUCAUGGCCUCUUUAAGUGCACCCAAGGGCUGUUUUGUUUGGUAUGUUUGUAAAGAUGUACAUAAAAUAUGGUUUGUGAUGGGGGACAUUUUCUGAAAAUCAUGAAGGAUAAGAAAGUGACCCUAUUUGGACCCUUAUGUAUAUUAUAUGUAAAGCUAAAUGUCCGAGACAUUCUGUACAAGUUUAUACAACAAAUAUAUUGUAUAUUUUUACUUGAA